AUGAUUGAUGCUGGGACUCCGAAAAUCCAGCGCGCAGUUGACACAGGUGAUGAUCUGCCUGCGCUGUGGGCUCGCCGCCGUCAAGUCGCAGUUCCGCCAUUGCCCGAACAUGACCUUGGAGUUUCCAGCAAUUCUUUGGAGAGGAUGUUGCAACCACGAGCUGCAGCGCGGCUGUUGGAAAUGGUUCUUCGAAAACCUUUGCUGAAACGCUGCAGCUAUGGCUUCUGCACCUGGCGCUGCGCAGUUGUGCGGCAAGCCACAGUGACAAAAACGCUUGUGCUGUCUCCAUGUAACUUACUGGCUGAGGUGCUUCGCCAUGUUUUCCACCUCCGAAAAGCUCAAAGAUUCCAAGAAUGGCGUGCCACCGCGGCCUGGCUGGCCGUGCGGCAGCAGCAGGAUGACUUCAGAGCAGAGUUGCGGGCAAUUGCAGAUCAGGAUGCCGCGGUGUCAACGCAGCUGAUGGCUUGUGCUGAGGGAGCUGCCGCCAGAGCCAGGAGCAGUGGCUUCCGCGCCGCCGGCGCAGUGUUGGGUCGCCUUGCGAGCGUCAGGAUGUCCGCGGCGGUGGAGCGAUGGAAGGCAUUUGGCCAAGAAGUUGCAGUGCGCAAGAGGUUCCAAGGCCUUCAAACUGCAGCUGUCCGUUGCCUGCAGCAUGUGGUGCGUGCUCGUAUGGGCUGGGCGUGGGCUAGAUGGCAUUGUGCCAAGUGGCCAAGGUCAAGAAGUGGGCACCGCGAAACACCCGUGAAAGAGGUGCCUGGCAGCUUCUUAGCUGCACGUUCCCUGCCUUUCUGCCCAUUGGCUGCACGUGCUGAACAGCUGCUACGGCUGAAAGUCCGCCUGGCGUGGCAUCUACUGGCCGCUGCCCAAGUGGUCCUGCGUGCCACUGGUGUACGAUUGAAGGUGGAGACCAUGGACUAUGGCCGGAGCUAUGAGAGAACUCACGGCAGGGGAUUGGUGGGCUUAAGCGUCCCUGUGAGUGAGAAACACUUGGAUGCCAUCCAGCGCCUCGGCACAGUGCUGAAAGGUCCGAUCGAAAUUGACCCCAAGACCCCCUUGCUGGAGCUGCGGGGUCGACGCUUCACUUCGGCCAACCAGGCCCUCCGGAAGAUUUUCCAACUCUACGCCAACGUGAGGCCCUGCAGAUUUCUGGAGGGCGUGAAGGGCGUGAAGAGCGUGAAGGCCGCCUUUCCGGAUACCAACCUG